UUUGGUAUCAACAAGGACGAGAGGCUGUCGCCAGCCAUCCCAAGGAUCGUUGUGCUAAGAAACAGAUAUGCCAGUUUUAGCUCGCUUGGUAGAUGUAAAUCCGACAAGAAGAUAUGUACCGAAAAUCUACAAAGAGGAAAAUACAAUUUCACCAAAGAAAAGGAAAGAUAUAGCGAACUUUCUAAGCUCCGUCAGAACUGGUGACGUGAAUUCAGUGAAGCGUUUCUUGGAUGGAGGUCUGGACGCCGACGUGGAAGGAGAAGAGAAGGAAACCGCUUUGACCACGGCUGUGUUUACCGAAAACACUACUAUGUGUCGCCUGUUGAUCGAACAUGGCUGUGAUCUGAACAAGAGUGGGACAGUUCCACCUUUCUACUUCCGUCUCACACCACUGUGUCAAGCUGUCAGUGCGGGAAACACACAGGCAGUAAUGAUGCUUCUACAGGCCCGGAUGUAACAAAGAUCUCCGAGAUGAUCUUGGUCGGCCUCCAUUGUUUUACUCCAUGUCGUGUUCCAAUGACGACAUGUUGCAUCUUCUCCUGAGGUCAGGGUGUGACAUCAACCUCGGUACCAAAGACACCAACUACACCAUCCUCCAUGAGGCAGUUGCUAAAGGAAAGCUGGACAUCGUCAAGAUUUUGCUGGAAGCUGGCGCCAACCCAAAUAGGUAUGAAGUAAAUCAGCGCCUAACUCCGUCGUUCUUUACAACACGACAAGACAUCCAUGAACUGCUGGUACAGUAUGGAUCCAACAUCAACCACACAAGUCGGUCAGGAGACACGGUGCUACACCACGCUAUCACACAUGGCGAUCUCCCACUGGUAGAAUAUUUCCUCAAUAAAGGUGCAAUUAUUGAUGCAAUAAAGACAACAUGUGUGGUUUCAUCCCAUAACAUUCUCCAGCAGGUGAACAUCCAAGACCCUCUCCAACAAGCCGCUACGGAGCACUACUUCAAAAUCUGCAUCAGACUCAUCCAACAUGGCUGCUCUACACAGUUUCUCAAUUCAGACGAAAAUGAUCUUGUCACAAGACUACUUAGCAGCGAGAAUCAAGAGCUUAUUCUCACAUUGUUGUUCGCGUCAGGGAACACCAACUGGUUGAAGAGAAUUUUGUCAGAUGGAGUUCGGAAUCAUCUGAACAUUUCCCGAGCAACACGUGAUUGGUUGCAGAGGCUGGCCGGUAAGGUGCUGCCACUGAGAAUGAUAGCCUGUCACACCAUCCGUCAAACACUGAAAAGUCACGCAUCACAAGGCAGUAUUCUGACAUAUAUUUCCAAAUUAUCAUUGCCAGAAGUGAUGCAUGAUUGCGUGAUACUGAAAGUGAAGCUGACAUAAUUGGGAUGCAGUUCAGGGAAUUAUCUAGGUGUCAUCAGAGGCUAAAGUCACAUCAGGGUCUAUCUCAGCUAAAACUUCCCAAAUCUUCAAGAUUCAUGUAAUGAUAAAGAUAAUGCA